AUGACUUCUGUGCGGAAUGCUAGCAGCAAUAUCCGUAUGGUCUGCAAGGAAGCCAAAGAAGCCGCAGACCACAUGACUCCUCGCGAUGCGAAGCGGGUGACUGUAGUUGAUUGUCCGGAAUCAUACGGUGUCAGGCUUUCACCGAGCCAGGACCUGGUCAUUUUCGUCCCGAAACGUUGCCCGUACGCUGAAGACAAAUUUUGGGAUGAGGAUAUCAAUUUUCCUGAAUACUGGUUGAGCGACUACAAUACCUUCAAACUGAUCCCAUGGCAGAGCGACCUGAACGCUACACUCCGACACAUUGCUGUGGGCUACGGCAUCCCGAACACAUGCUGUGUCUCGAAAUAUGUACGGACUGAUCGCUCCGAACCACCGGUCUGGUAUGUUCACGGCAAAUUGCUGGAGUCCAUGGCCAACGCACUGCUGGCUCUUGCCAAUGCCAAAGAUAUUGUGUUGGGGGAGGCGCAUCUCUGGAUCAUCGAUUACGAGUUGUGCCGCAACGGAACCGUCGCGACGCAGGAUACACUUGACGCACUCUAUCCGACGAAGCGACACAUCUUCUACGCCAAGAAACAUCGCUUCAUCGAAGUCGCUGCGGGUGACCGGGAGUGGGGACUCAACAUCAGAACUGUGCAGACGGCUCAGGCAGGAGCCGACCUCAGGUCUAAUGGGAUGACCACCAUGGGCGCUACUCAUCUGCUGCCUGUUGGCUGGGAAUACCUCACACUGAAGAUCGGAGUGCUCGCUUGUGAGCAAUGGAGUUGGGUGUAA